ACAUCAACCUGCAUCCCGUCGCGGUGACACACAGCUAUACCACCUCCCUGCCUUCCUUGUCUAUCUCGCCUCACCCAUGGCGAGUAUCCGGGAAUUUUGUCGCAUAUUGUGAUGCAGCUUUCAUCAAGGAAGGUCUCUACAGCCACUACUACAUCCACCCGAUGUCUGAGGAUGAAUGUGUGUGUUAGUUCUCCUACGUUUGUCCUGAAUCCCCUCACAUUAGCUGAGAGGACCGUGAUGCUGCUGGCGUCCAUGUUACCUUAUCAGGCAGCUAUUUGUUGGGGGUGAAGGGGCUGGACCCUCUCUCUCUCUCUCUCUCUCUCUCUCUCUCUCUCUCUCUCUCUCUCUCUCUCUCUCUCUCUCUCUCAGCUUGGUGUAUGUGGAGGCAGUCAAGGGUCGCCCGCGUCUUGGCAGGGAUGAGUGGUGGGACGCGCUCUGGCUCAGGCACUUGCAUCUUCUUGGAGAAGUGGGCAGCCAGCAGCUGGGCCUUGUCCCUGUUCCUCAUCACGAGGCCUCUGUCUGGUGCGGUGAGUGGCGGGAUAGUGUCGUCAGAGAUGAAGCCCUGCUGCUGCUUAACGCUGCUCCACCACAGCUUGUGCCUCAAGGUGCCCUUCCAUCUGUGAAUGGCCUCCUUUUGCACUCGCUUCAUACGUUUACACGCUGCCUUAUGUGCCUGCUGAGUGCAUUGAGAGGGGUGCAUUUUAUAGCGUUGCCAAACCCUACUCUUCUCUUCAGCUGCAUUUCUGCAGUGAAAGCCAAACCAGGGUUGAUCUCUGGGCUUUGACUUGUAGGUCUGGCAACAGACAUAUUUUUUCUGACAGGCCAGGAGGACGUCAUUAAACGUUUUCACCUGUUCCUCCACGCUUCCUCUCAGCAGGCAAGCUCCUCUCUGAGCCCUCUCCAGUCUGCCUGUCGCCAGAGCCAGUUGGUGCAGUUGAUCCCCUCUUCCCGGUUGACUGCCAACUUGAUGUUUGUGAGCAAGGCAAGGUGGUCCGAGGAGCCGACAGAGCCCGUUGGCUGGCAGGUGACGACACUCGUGGGGAGGUCAGUCAGGACGGGAUCAAGGGAGGAUCCUGAUGUGUGUGUGGGAAAAUAUACAUGGUUGGUAAGGCCUUAGUCAGACAGCAGCUCAUUAAAUGUCCUGGCAACGAGGUGUUGGUUCAUGUCGCCAAGGACAAUUACUUCUCUCUCUCUCUCUCUCUCUCUCUCUCUCUCUCUCUCUCUCUCUCUCUCUCUCAAACUUCAAUUAUUUGUUAACUUCUUAAGGUACCUGGGGAGCCAACUAUGUUCUUGUGUUAUUAUUAUUAUCAAUUUUGUUAUUGUUGUCAUUAUUAUAAAAUGCUAUUAUUACUUUUUACAUCCCUUAUGGAGAAUGUAUAUAAAACAUUGUUUGAUGAUGUCAACCAAAAUGAGGAUAAUACCAAUGCUUUCAACAUUGCAAUAAAUAUGAUUACUACGAUAUGAUAUUGACACUUUUAAAUACUUCAAUUUUCAGGAACACAAUUCUACUACAAACUCACUAAGUAACUAACAAUUAUCUAAAUUUAUUACAUUUAAAUAUUAUUAGAUCAUUACACAAAAACUUGGAUUCACUAAAAUCAUUACUUACUUGUUUACUCAAACUACCUGAUGCUAUUGCCCUUACAGAAACCUGGUUACAAGAAAGAGCACACUAAGCAUCUUUACUCCAUUGAAGGCUGAUGUUAUUGCCCUUACAGAAACCUGAAACCUGGUUACAAGAAAGAGCACACUAAGCAUCUUUACUCCAUAGAAGGCUGAUGUUAUAUUGCCCUUACAGAAACCUGGUUACAAGAAAGAGCACACUAAGCAUCUUUACUCCAUAGAAGAACCUCCUUCCUGGGAACAUCCCUGACAACCAGCUGUUGUUGAGAACGUCCAAGAGGCGCUGCAGCAGAGCAUCUGGGAGGCAUCAAAGAAACUUGUUUGGCAUGUUGUCUGGUCCUGUUGCCUUCCUGACAGACAAUGAGGGUUGACUUGAUUGACAUGCAGAGUCAGCAAGACGGGGAGUAUCAGUUCAUUUUGAACUACCAAGAUCACCUAACUAAGUUUGUGUGCCUCCGACCUCUGAAGACGAAAACUGCUGAGGAGGUCGCCUACCACCUGGUAGACAUAUUCUGCGACAAAGGUGCUCCUCAUAUCCUACAAUCUGACAAUGGUCGAGAGUUUUGCAAUAAGUUGAUUACGGAAGUCCUCGUCCUGUGGCCCGGGUGCAAGUUAGUCCAUGGCAAACCACGUCAUUCUCAAUCUCAAGGUUCUGUAGAAAGGGCUAACAAAGACGUUGAAGCAAUACUUGCCUGCUGGCAAAAAGAUUAUAACACAACAAAAUGGUCUGAGGACUGCGCUUCGUGCAAUGGCAGAAGAACACACGGUUUCACAGAGGAAUUGGGAGAACACCCUAUGAAGCAAUGUUUGGCCAGAAAUCUCAUCUUGGCGUUACUGCAACGAAUUUACCGGAGGACGUAGUGGAUGGAUUAGAGACGGAGGAGCAGCUCGCUGAAGCAUUAGCAGCUGAUAACAUUCAGGACAGCACAACUUCCAUGUGCAAGGACUGUGGAGGUCCUUGCUCUAUGGAUGAUGAUAUCUGCCAUCUCUGUGAACGAAAGCUGGGGAUUCAAGCUGAACGAGAAGGAGCUAGAAGAAAGCAACACAGUCAAGCAGAGAAAAUGCAGCUGGUGUCAACUAUGCGAUUCAAGAAAGCGGAGGUCGGUGACAGUGUAAUGGUUCCGAUCCUCUUGUUGAUCGUGGGCGCGCAGAAUUCCCUAAUGCGAAGGCUGUUGUACUUCAAGUGGAUGACAGUGGGACAUGCAAACUUGGAACGAGGCACGGAUUUUGAAACAACUUUACUCGAGAAAUCAGUUCACUCCUUGUGAGCAGCAGUUCCUGUCAAUUGAUGAUGUGCCCCAGGAAAAAGAGAUAAGCUUACGUGAAGUAGCAAAUGCAGAUUCUGUGGGCCAUGGACAAGGAUUUAUAAAGUGUACCUGCUCUAUGUCUUGUAAUAACAACAGAUGUAAGUGUUUUAAAAAAGAAUGUCUGCAACAGCCGAUGCAAAUGUGGUUCUUCAUGUAAAAACAAGUAAACUUUAAUAAUUCUAAAUUGCUUCUUUAUCUUUGUAUUAAAAUUUGUUUAUUCUUCUAUAGUAAUGUCAACUAUUUUGGUAAAGUACUUGAAUACUUGAUAUAAAACAAUAUUUAUUUAUUGAAAUAAAAUAGAAAUGGUCAACGUC